AUGGCUAGUGACGCAACGCUAAGAGAAGGAGUGCGACAGCACCUUGCAACCUGGAUUAAGAAACUGGACUGUGGCGGGGACAUAGAAAAACAACAUUUCUUUAAAACCAAAUUUCUUCAGUCAUUAAAAACAUCACCAGUUGCUAUAGAAACGGACAAAGCUAACGAACAACAUUAUGAAGUACCAACAGAGUUUUUCAAAACGGUUCUAGGCUCCCGGCUUAAGUAUAGUGCAUGUGCUUGGGACGCUGGAACGAACAAUCUGGACGAUGCUGAGAAUAAUUCACUUAAGAUCUACUGCGAGAGAGCACAUCUGGAGAAUGGGCAUAGCGUUAUGGAUCUUGGCUGCGGAUGGGGUUCCCUUGGGCUUUACAUUCUGGAAACCUAUCCAAAGUGUCACGUGACUUGUGUCUCGAACUCCAACACACAACGUCUCCAUAUUGAAACUGAAGCUGAGAAAAGAGGUGUGUCUGAUCGACUUGAGUGCAUCACAGCGGAUGCUCGAUCAUUCACAACAGGAAACCGAUAUGAUCGUAUAAUGUCCAUCGAAAUGUUUGAACAUAUGAAGAACUACGAAAUCCUUAUGCAACGAGUGUCGUCCUGGCUCAAACCAUCUGGAAUGCUGUUCCUUCAGAUUCUCUGUCACAUUAGACACCCUUACUCUUUUGACACUAAACCAGGGUCUGACACGGAAUGGAUGGCUAAAAAUUUCUUCACUGGUGGAACAAUGCCUUCUUCAGACCUCUUUCUCUAUUUUCAGGUAAAUAAGCCAAUGCAGGAUUUUGUUCAGGUGGUAGGGGGUACAUUUUUCAUUUCAUAA